GCUGCUUAUACCGGGUAGAAGGACAAAGAUUCCGUGGGAAAGUCGGAAUUAAGGCAUGGGAAAGUCGGCAAGGUAUAAGGGCCACAGGUUACAGGCAAUGCUGGCCCAGGGCUCAUCACUUGCGGGCACCUCCGGGAUCAGACUGUCUCAGCAACAAGGUUGCAAAUCUUUCCCUAAAUAUAGGCAGUUCUUGGAAGAGGAGGCGGCCCGCAUUCCAGGGGUUGUCUGUCUCCCAAGUCCCGAGCCUACCACUCGCAGCCAGGCUAGAAUGUGCUUUCUCUAUUCAGAACAGAGCCAUCGCGGUUAACAGCAUAACUAAUAUUUCUUAUAAUGACAGCUGCCCCCCACGAUUCUAUUUCUGCCCCUAACAAGUUAACCCUCACCCCCUGCCUCAGUUUCGCCUUCACGACAGGGGCCUGCGCCCACCGCGUCCCUUGGGGGCAACCUCGGUCCUGCAAAAGUUGCCAAAGGCGGGGAAGCGCAGAGGCAGAGCGAAGGCGCGCUGGCCCGCGCCCAGCCCGCGCCCCGGCGGGCACCCGCACCCCCACCCGCGCAGGGCUGGCAUGCAGAAUCCACGUGAUUUCCUAGCAGUGGCCACGGCUCGGCUUGCGCGGCUCUGGGCGCCUACUUUCAGUUUCGUGCAGAGCGCGGAGGUGUGAGGAGCGCGGCGGACCUAGCCUUUCCCCCAGAUAAUCAGCAGCCCCGGAGGCAGUAGAAGACAGAGUCCGGACCUGAGUAGUGGGCAGGCUAAAGGUCACAUCUUGACCUAAAUUAUGUUCUAGCCUCGAAGCCCUAAGGUGGAGUGAGCGCCUGCAGGACACUGGAAAAGACGUCAGCAGGGUGCCGUGCCUCCAAUUGGACAUGCCGCUUGCGAAGCUAAUUGGACCCUGCUCAGAUGUUGUCUGAAGCUGACCACUGGAGGCCUGCCCUAUGGAAACAACCAGCAAAUCCAGCUCAAGGCACAGGACUCGGCCCAGGUACCCAUGAGACUGUCUCCACGGACACCCUAGAGCAUCUAUGAUGAACCAGGAAGCCAAGGCCAGCUCCUCAUGGACCCCAUUAGCUUCCGGCUGGGCACCAAGAACCAGUGGGGUUGGCUCGUGAGUCUGCUCAGCAAUGACCCAGAAUGGCUGAGUGCCAAGGUGAAGUUCUUCCUCCCCAACAUAGACCUGGGCUCCAGGAACGAGGACCCAGACCCCACACAGAGGGUCCUCCUACAACUCAGGGAGCUGCACACCCAAGGCCUGGCCACCUGGCAGGCCUUCAUCCACUGUGUGUGCAUGGAGCUGGAGGUGCCCCUGGAGCUGGAGGUGCAGCUGCUGAGCACGUGGGGCCAUGGAGACGGGUUUCCCGGUCCUUCGGAAAUGGGUGCAGAAAGCCAACCUGAACCUCUGCUCCACCUCGGCCUCAAGCGGCCUCAUCAGAGCUGCGGGUCCUCACCCCGCCGGAAGCAGUUCAGGAGGCAGCAGCUCGAACUGGCCAAGAGGUACCUACAGCAGCUGAGGACCUCGGCCCAGCAGCGCUAUGGCGGCGAGCUCCCGGGGCCAGGGCAGCCCCUCACCUUCCACCAGGCCUACGUCCCCCCAAUCCUGCAAUGGAGCCGGGCCACAGCACCCUUCAGCACUCAGGAGGGGGCCGUGCCGGGGAGCCCCAGGGCAGAGGAUGGUGCUGACGUGAGCCUCCAGGACCUCUUCGGCCCCAGGGCAGACAAAGGGCCAAGGGUGAUGGUGCUCCUGGGAAAGGCGGGCAUGGGCAAGACCACGCUGACCCGCUGGCUCUGCCAGAAGUGGGCCAACGGCCAGCUGGACCGCUUCCAGGCCCUGUUCCUGUUUGAGUUCCGCCAGCUCAACCUGCUGGCGGAGGCCCUGACGCUGCCCCAGCUCCUGUUCGACCUGUACCUGCGCCCCGAGGAGGGCCCUGACGCCGUCCUCCAGUACCUGGAGAGGAACGCCAAGGGGGUCCUGCUCAUCUUCGACGGGCUGGAGGAGGCCCUCCACCCCCAUCCCAGCGGGGAGACCGCGGGCCCCGAGGCGCCAGGCCCAGCCCUCGCCCUCUUCUCUGGCCUGUGCCGGGGGACCCUCCUGCCCGGCUGCAGGGUCAUGGCCACCUCCCGGCCAGGGAAGCUGCCGGACUGCCUGCCCACCGAGGCGGCCACCAUCCACCUGUGGGGCUUCGACGGGCCGCGGGUGGAGGAGUACGUGGGCCGCUUCUUCAGCAACCAGCCGGCCCGGGAGGCGGCCCUGGCGGAGCUGCGGGCAAACAGACACCUCCGGAGCAUGUGCGCGGCGCCCGCCCUGUGCCGGAUCGCCUGCCUCUGCCUCCGCCAUCUGCUCCCGGACCUCUCUCCAGGCCAGUCUGCGGCCCUCCUGCCCACCGUGACUCAGAACUACGUGCAGAUGGUGCUCGCCCUCAGCCCCCGCGGGUACCGGGCUGCUGAGUCCCUGAGGGGCCUGGGGGAGGUGGCCCUGAGGGGCCUGGAGACGGGGAAGGUGAUCUUCUCUGCAGGAGACAUCCCUCCUGCCAUGAUGGCCUUCGGGGCUGCCCUGGGCCUGCUGACCUCCUUCUGCGUCUGCACAGGCCCCAGGCAGCAGGAGCCGGGCUAUGCCUUCACUCACCUCAGCCUGCAGGAGUUUCUGGCUGCCCUGCAUCUGAUGGCCAGUCCCGAGGUAGACAAAGACGCACUCGCCCGCCACGUCACCCUCAAUUCUCGCUGGCUGCUGCGGACCAAAGCCAGACUGGGCCUCUGGGACCACCUCCCCAUCUUCCUGGCGGGUCUGGCAUCCUCUGCCUGCUGUCCCUUCCUCUGCCACCUGGCAGAGCGGGGUGAGGCGUGGGUGGGCGCCAAGCAGGCCACAGUCAUACAGGCACUGAAGAAGUUGGCCACGCGCAGGCUCACGGGGCCCAAGGUGGUAGAGCUGUGUCGCUGUGUGGACGAGACACGGGAGCCGGAGCUGGCCAGCCUCAUGGCCCAAAGCCUUCCCUGCCAGCUGCCCUUCCACAACUUCCCGCUGACCUACGCCGACCUGGCUGCCCUGACCAACGUCCUGGGGCACAGGGAGGCCCCCAUCCACCUGGAUUUCGAGGGCUGCCCGCUGGAGCCCCGCUGCCCUGAGGCCUUGGCAGGCUGUGGGCGGGUGGAGAGUCUCAGCUUUAAGAGCAGGAAGUGUGGGGACGCCUUUGCAGAAGCCCUCUCCAGGAGCUUGCCGACAAUGGGGAGCCUGAAGAAGCUGGGGUUAGCCGGAAGUAAGAUCACUGCCCGAGGCAUCUACCACCUGGUGCAGGCUUUGCCCCUCUGUCCACACCUGGAAGAGGUCAGCUUUCAGGACAACCAGCUCAAGAACCAGGAGUUGCUGAGCAUCGUGAAGGUCCUCCCUUGCCUGCCGACGCUCCGGAAGCUUGACCUGAGCCACAACAAUGUCUCCAUGGCGACCCUGCUGGGCUUGACCGAGGUGGCAGUCACGUGCCGGACUAUCAGGAUGCUGCAAGUCAGGGAGGCGGACCUCAUCAUCCUUCUCUCCCCGCCCACAGAGACAGCUGCGGAGCUACCUGGAUCCCCAGCCCUACGGGGAAACGCCGGCCAGAAAGAGGCUCAGAGCAGAAGCUUGGCCCUCAGGCUGCAGAAGUGUUGCCUAACCAUCAGGGAUGUGGAGAUGCUCAUAGCCCAGCUCCGGGAAGUCCCCCUCCUGGAGGAAGUAGACCUCUCAGGGAACCAGCUGGAGGACGAAGGCUGUCGACUGGUGGCAGAGGCUGCCCCCCAGCUGCGCAUCGCCGGGAAGCUGGACCUCAGUGACAACGGGCUCUCGGUGGCGGGGGUGCCCUGGGUGCUGAGGGCAGUGAGCACGUGCCGGAACCUGGCAGACCUGCACAUCAGCCUCAUGCACAAAACUGUGGUUCUCACGUUUGCCCCAGAACUGGAGGAGCAGGAGAGGACCCAGGAGAGAGCUGCGUUUCUUGACAGCCUUACGCUCCGCGUGUCCUCUGAGCUGCCCCCGAGCUCCCCGAGGAUCAGGCUGACACACUGCGGCUUGCAAGCUGAGCACCUGGAGCAGCUCUGCAAGGCCUUGGAAGGAAGCUGUCGCCUGGGCCACCUCGACUUAUCAAAGAAUGCUCUGGGGGACGAAGGUGCGGCCCAGCUGGCUCAGUGGCUCCCAGCGCUGGGCGCUCUGCAGUCCUUGAACCUCAGUGAGAACCGCUUGUCUCUGGACGCUGUGUUCAGUUUGGCCCAGUGUUUCUCUGCGGUGCCGUGGGUCCUCCAGCUGGACAUCAGCUUCGAGAGCCAGCACGUGGUCCUGAGAGGCGGCAGAAGAGCCAGGUGUCUGCCGGCCCGCAGCCCUCCACCAGAGUCCCCCGCCCAAGCCCAGUCCUCGGGGUUCGGUCAGCGCUGCGUCCCCAGGAGCUUCUGCCUCAGGGAGUGUCGCCUGGAGGCCCUGAGCCUCACCCACCUCUGCGAGGCUCUGGAGAAGUGCCCGGGGCCCCUGGAAGUCAGAUUGUCCUGCGUGGUGCUGAGCGACCAGAGCCUGGACACCCUGCUGGGGCACCUGCCCCGGCUCCCCCAGCUGAGCCUCCUGCAGCUGAGCCAGACGCCACUGUCCCCAAGGAGCCCCUUUCUGCUGGCUCACCUCCUCGGCCUGUGCCCACGAGUGGAGAAGGUGGAUCUCAGGUCCUUGCAUGAUGCCACCCUGUACUUCAAGUCUAGCGAGGAGCAGAAAGGCGGGCGCUGUGGCAGGUUCACGGGCUGCGGCCUCAGCCAGAUGCACGUGGAGCCACUGUGCGAGUUGCUGAGGAAGUGUGAGGACCUCAGCCAGCUGGACCUGUCAGCCAACCAGCUGGGUGACGACGGGCUCAGGUGCUUGCUGAUGUGUCUGCCUCGGUUGCCCAUCUCGGGUUCUCUUGACCUGAGUGGCAACAGCAUCUCUCAGGAAGGUGCCCUGUGCCUGAUGGAGACCCUCCCUUCCUGCCCACGUAUCCGGGAGGCCGCCGUGAACCUGGGCGCUGAGCAGAGCUUCCGGAUUCACUUCUCCCGACAGGAGGAGGCUGGGAAGACCUUGAGGCUCAGGGAGUGCAGCUUCAGACCGGAGCACGUGCCCAGACUGGCCACUGGCCUGAGCCAGGCCUGGCACCUGACGGAGCUCACGCUGAGCCGGUGUUGCCUGGGCCUGCAACCCCUGACCCUGCUCCUGCGUCUGCUGAGGCGGCCGGAGGGGCUGCUCCGGCUCAGGGUGGAGGAGCCGUGGAUGGGCAGAGCGGGGGUGCUCACCCUGCUACAAGUCUGCGCCCAGGCCUCGGGCAACGUCACCGAGAUCAGCAUCUCCGAGAGCCAGCAGCAGCUCUGCCUCCAGCUGAAAUUUCCCCGUCAGGAGAACCCAGAGGCCGUGGCCCGCAGGUUGGCUCGCUGUGACCUCGAGACCCACCACAGCCUUCUUGCCAGGCAGCUGAUGGAGACGUGCACCUGGCUGAGGCAGCUCAGCUUGUCCCAGGUGAACCUCUGCCACGCCAGCUGCCAGCUGCUGCAGAGCUCCCUGCUGCCCCUCGCGGAGCUGAAGACCUUCCGGCUGGCCUCCAGCUGCGUGAGCUCCGGGGGCCUGGCCCCCCUGGCGUCUGGUCUGAGCCGCUGUCGCCACCUGGAGGAGCUGGACUUGUCUAACAAUCAACUUGGCGAGGAGGCCUCCACGGUGCUGGCGGGGGCCCUUGAAGGCAAGAGCUGGCUGAGGAGGCUCGACCUCAGCCACUUCCCCCUGGACGACUCCACCCUGGCUGUACUCGUGCAAGGACUGAGCCACAUGACCCGCCUGCAGAGCCUCUGCCUGAGUGGGGACGACAUUGGUGACGUCGGCUGCUCCCGCCUUGCCAAGGCCCUCAAAGCCGCCACCAGCUUGGAGGAGCUGGGGCGGAUGCUUCCCGUUCUGCUGUUUUUCUCUCCAAGCUUGAGCCACAACCAGAUUGGAGACGCGGGUGCCCAGCACUUGGCUGCUGUCCUGCCCGGGCUGCCUGAGCUCCGGAGGGUAGACCUCUCAGCGAAUGGCAUCUGCCCGGCUGGGGGAGUGCAGUUGGUGGAGUCCCUCGCCCUUUGCAAGCACCUGGAGGAGCUGAUGCUCGGCUGCAAUGCCCUGGGGGACCCCACAGCCCUGGGGCUGGCCCGGGCGCUGCCCCCGCACCUGAGAGUCCUGCACCUGCGGUCCAGCCGUCUGAGCCCAGAGGCGGCGCUGAGCCUGGGCCGGGCCCUGGACGGAUGCCCGCAUUUGGAAGAGAUCAGCUUGGCAGAGAACACCCUGGCCAGACAGGUCCCCCACUUCCAUCAGGGGCUCCCGCGGCUGAGGCAGAUAGACCUGGUUUCCUGUGAGAUCGACGACCAGGCUGCCAAGCUCCUCGCUGCCAGCUUCAUGCUCUGCCCGGCCCUGGAAGAAAUCCUGUUGUCCUGGAACCUGCUUGGGGACGAGGCGGCUGCCGAACUGGCCCAGGUCCUGCCUCGGAUGCAGCGGCUGAAGAGUGUGGAUCUGGAGAAGAAUCGGAUCACAGCGGACGGAGCCUGGCUCCUGGCUGAAGGGCUGGCGCGGGGCUCUGGCAUCCAAGUCAUCCGCCUCUGGAAUAACCACAUCCCCCCAGACGCGGCCCAGCGUCUGCAGAGCCAGGAGCCCCGGCUGGACUUCGCCUUCUUCCCCAACGAGCGGCAGGCCCCUCGGGGGACUUGAUGGCCCCCUCACACCCUUUGGAUCCAGCCCAGUGAUGCCAACGUGCGCCCGCCUGGAUUGAGGCUCAGGAAGAGCCUCAGCAGGCGCCCCUGUCCCCUGCCCCAGGAGGGAGGGCCACGCGUGUCCUGCUACAGUCUUCAGGGAGGACUUUCAGGAGCCUGGUGUGGCCAACGGACCACCUUGCAUCACACGUGACAUGCAUGACCGGGAGGGACGUGUGGCCUAAUGAGGGUGUCGUGAUGUGAUGCAUGACACAGGAGGUCACACGUGGCAGAGUUCCACGUGACAUUGCAUGGAACCUGCAGGGUGGCCUGUGGGUCAGUGGUCAGGGGUCCUAGCCCCACACAUGAUAGGACACAUGAUUGGUGGUUCGUAGAAGACACAUGACCAAUGUCCAUGUCAUAGGACACGUGGCUGGCCCGAUGCCCGCAGGCUGGUCCAGGAGCUAAUUUAUUACUUUUUACAAACCAGGUGUGUAUUUAUAGAUUGCACUUCCAGAGCAGCUAAGCCACGGCCUGUCUUCCACUCGGGACUGGGGCGAGGGGAGUGUCUGAGCACUGACCGGCCCCGUGAACCAAGCCAGGGGCUCAGCCGCGAGUCUUCAGGAUGAGCCUCAGUUCCCCCAUCAGUAAACUGGUGACCCGUCCCCUUAAGUGCUGACCUGCGAUGACUGUGGGCCCAGGUCCACCUGUGGAUGGAGGGGGCCCAGUGUCCGGUGUGAGGGACAAAGCCAGGUCUGAGCUAACGAGGCAAGGCCAUGGGUCCAGCCACUACCUCAGCGGGACCCGGUGGGCUCCCAGGGGCCGCAUGUGCUAACAGUGUUCCUGUUACUCCCAAGAGGGCGCCAGGAUGGCCCUGCUACCCUCGAAGCCACGUGUGACCAAUAAAUGUGAUGGCUUCUGGG